GAUAAGGAGGUCCAUCAUACUUAUUCACGCUUUUUGGUUUACAGUCCACUGCGGAAGUUCAAAUAAAAGAAGAAGGAAUUGAAAAAGAAGUUAUCGAAGACCACGAGUUUACCACCUGGGAGCGCGCUCAACAUGUUGUUUCUAACGACCUAAUCAAACUGGACGUCAAAACGCACGUUUUUAUCGUUGUUGGCUCAGCUGAAAAUCGGCUUGUAACCCUUUGCCCCAAAAUAACUUGCACCUGUCCGGCUACAACUGUGUGCUACCAUGUCUUGGCAGCCCAUUUAGCUAUAGGGGACUGUCAGCCAUCGGUGACUAAGAAGCCUAAAAAUUCCACAAGAUACAGAAAACGAGCAAAGAAGACCGCAGACAAAAGGAGUGGCAAUAAAGCCCCGAGAAAACUAGACAUCGACAGGCCACCAGUUACUUCUCCGUCAACUCCUUUACCGACGAAAAGAAAGAAGUCAGCAAAAUCUUCGUCGAAUACAGCUCCCGACAUUUGUACAUCGCCAAAGAAAAGAAAGGUGUCUGUCGUGACGCGGAACGGUACACAUAUUCCCGAAUCAUCAACUGACUUCUCAGAUGUUACUUUGCCUUCCGAGACAGAUUCCGAUGACGACCCAGUUUUAGAAAACUCCUCGUCUCCAUUCCAUGAUCAUCGGGGUAGGAGUGAUGUCAUAAAAAGGGUAUCAACUGAAUAACAAAAAAAUGUAUUUGUGGCCAGGUGGUAACAAAUGCAAUGCUCGAGGAAAUAUUGCAAAUGGAAGAGACCGUUACCUUAACCGUCGAUCGCAUCAUACCAAUCGACGCAAUUCACAUCAAUGAUAUUUCAACGGAAUCUAUUACCGGUACUGCGGUUGCAAUUAUACAUAGGGAGAACGAUUUGGAAGGCGAUGCUAGUACUGAUGCUUCCGACUCUAUUCCGAAUGCAGAAGUUCAGUUUCUGGCCGCUUCUCUUGCUACGUCGGAAAUAGAUUAUCGCCAGACUUGGCAAUUAGCGGCGGAAGAAAUCACUGAAAUAAAACGUUCUACAAAACUUACAACGCGCCACAUCAACUCUGCACUGGCACUUGUGCGUAAGAAUUUUCCGGAAAUCGGUGGAUUAUUCAAUGUUCAUCACGCAACGUCCACUGGAACUUACCCUGUGCCGAAAGAAAAACGUUGGAUACAAAUAAUUCAUACCGGAAAAUGCCAUUGGGUCCUAGCUGUUUCCGGUUUCCCAGUGUGCAGAAACCAUAAUGUAGCCGUGUAUGACAGCUUGGGAUUUGAAAGGAGUUCCGAAGAGGAAACGGUGAAAGCAAUUUCCAGCUUGUUGGGUUAUACAGAUUACAGCUUGUUUGCCCCAAGUUGUCAAAAACAAGCUGACAAAAGCAAUUGUGGUGUGUUUGCACUUGCAUUCGCCGUUGAAGUUGCUCUAGGAGCAGACCCUUCAACCAUUAUCUUCGUAAAAGAAUCUCAAAUGAAGGAUCACUUAAAGGGAUGUUUACGAGACUUAGAAUUAAAACCUUUUCCAAAAACAUCGACAUCCAAAGUACAACCAACCAGACAAAAAGUAUGGAAAAUAACCAGUUAA